AUGUUUACUCUAAUUUUAGCCGUUCUUAUCUGCUUUCCUCUUUGUGGUUGCCAAAGCUCAGACUUGAAUUACACUGUAGAAGAAGAGAAAGCCCCUGGUACCUACCUGGGUAAUAUUGCAACCGACUCAGGUAUCAUGGAUGAAGUUGAACCCCAGGAGAAAGCUCUUCUUCGAUUUGUUCGACUAACAUUAGCUGGGGCUACACAGCUGUUUAAUGUAUCUCAGUUGACAGGAAAACUGUAUACUGCUCGUCAGCUGGACGCGGAAACGCUAUGCGAUCGGUCGGUCAAGUGUUUCCAAACAUUAGAUGUCGCUGUCAAGAAAGAAGAGACUCUAAUGAAGCUAUUAAGUAUUAAAGUUUUUCUUAAAGAUAUAAAUGAUCAUGCGCCCAAGUUUCCCAGUGAGAAGGUCCAUCUUGAGUUUUUAGAAGGAGACACAAAUACAAGGAGAUCAAUUCCGAAUGCAAUAGACAAGGACGUCGGAACACAAAACUCCCAAGUGACAUAUCAACUUCGAAAAAAGCAUAACGAACCAUUCCGUUUGACGGUUUCUAAAAAACCUGAUGGAUCGUCCGAUCUUAACCUGUACGUCGACAAAAAACUCGACCGGGAAAGACGACAAGAGUAUCAAGUGCAAAUAAUUGCUAAAGACAAUGGGAUCCCGGCAAAACAAAGUAUUCUCGAUGUGGACAUUUCUGUGACAGAUUUGAAUGACAACACGCCGACCUUUGUGAAAGGCGUAUAUAAUGUUUCCACGAAAAACGAGCCCAGUGACACGCGGCCGAUUGUUACAGUUCUGGCAAUGGACCCUGAUCUGGGAGAGAAUGGUCGAGUCACGUACAAAUUCAGUCCCCUGACGUCUGACGCUGCCAAAGACCAUUUCAAAUUAAACGAAGAUACCGGAGAAAUAAUGUUGGUCAAAAAAAUAUCUGCUGGCCAAUCCACUGUCUAUGAAUUAUUUGUGGAAGCGUCUGAUGGCGCUUCCCUGCCACUGAGCGCUCAGGUAGUAGUUACUGUCUAUGUCAUACCAUCGCAUAACAACCCACCAGUCAUUUUUGUCAACUUCGUUUCGGCCUCGCCGGAUAAGAAGACGGCGUUAGUCUUAGAAGGGGCAGUUACUGACAGUUUCAUAGCAUAUGUUAAAGUGGUUGACCAUGAUGUCGGCCAUAGUGGAGAAGUCAGUUGUGCGUUGGUCCACGAACACUUUCAGCUGCGUAGCCUGGGAGCGGAGAAAUAUAAAGUGGUGGUCAAGAAGCCGGUUGACAGGGAAACAAAGAUGAAACAUAACGUUACUAUCAGUUGUCAGGAUCGGGGUUCACCAUCUUUGAGGACUGAGAAUACUUUCGCUAUUGAAGUAGUCGAUGUUAACGACAACUCACCCGUGUUUCUUAAGGAAGACUAUCGCACUUCCUUCUCCGAGAACAACGUUGUGGGAAUGUCGGUUUUACAGGUGUCGGCAAAAGAUAGCGAUGUCGGAUACAACGGAGAAAUCCGUUUUUUCCUCGACGCAACAACUUCUUCCUGGUUCACGAUCGACGAGAAAUCGGGUCUCAUAACGGUAACUAGAAUAUUCGACCGCGAAAAAACGCCAAAAUCCGAUUUCAAAGUUUAUGCCAGAGAUCUUGGUAAACCGUCCUUAACCGGAAGUGCAACCGUUCACGUUACCAUCAACGACAUCAACGACGAGCAUCCAGUGUUUACCCAGGAUUCAUUCCGAUUUAAAACAUAUGAAAAUCAAAUACCCAAAUUUCCAGUCGGUUAUAUAAACGCUUCCGAUCCUGACCUGGGUGCCGGUGGGGAACUCACAUACACCUUAAAGGCCGAAGAUAAAGAAAUGCUGCCUUUCAUUAUAUCAGACGACGGUUUCCUGUCCGUGAACAAAUUACUUGACUAUGAAUUGCAAAGUGCAUAUAAGUUUAAAGUACUUGUUGAGGACAAUGGCUUUCCGUCUUAUAAUAACACUGUCGAUGUUCUAGUCGAAGUGUUAGACGAAAAUGACAAUGAACCGUAUUUUCUUUUUCCCAGUAUGAACAAUUUCAGUAUGACAGUGUAUUACUAUCCUGACAGCGAUAAGGAUAUCACUGUACUGCAAGCCAAAGAUAAGGACAGCGACGAAAAUGCGCUUUUGAAAUUUGAAAUAGCUGGAGGUAACGACAAAGGAUUAUUUUUAGUGGACACCUACAGCGGAUUGUUAUCUUUUGACCGAGAAGCAACCCGUGAGGACACUGGUCAGUACCAAUUACAAUUUAUUGUAAAAGAUAGCGGCGUGCCGGUCCAAUCGGCCACAGCAAAUUUGUCGUUGUCGCUGGUAGUCAGUAAUGAGACGUCAAAUUUAGCUGGGCUUCAAGUUGAUGAUGACGUAACUUCGCACCAGAAUUUACUCAUUGUUAUAGCUCUGACCGCCGUUACAGGGUCUGUCGGAUUGGUCGUAGUGUUGACGAUAUGUCUGAUCCGACGAAAUGACCGAAGAGACCGGCGCAAUGCCGCAAAUCAUAUGGGACCCUUGGGUACAUCCGGGUGCCAUCCACCAGCGUCCAAGUGCAUGCCAUCAUCUCAUAUAUCCACGGGUCUUGAUCUCACUCCUUCUCUAUCUAUGGACAAUAAUCUUAAAGGUAACAGUACGUUUAGGAGUUCACAAAGAAGUCCAUAUUGCGAUACGAAUGUAUUCAGUCCUAGUAAAAGUUCUGAAAUGUUACAGACGGCAAACCUCAGCGCUGGACAAGAUCGGAUGUCUGUCCAAGACGGCAAGUUAUGUCACGUGGGCGCAACGCCCACUUACGACUGUCGCAGCGAGCUGUCCACCGGCUCUUCGAAUAACGACAGUGGCCAUGGCUGGAGUGAGGGAGACACCGGUCACGUGACAGAAGAAUCAGAUAACUCCCGACCAUUAUCCACCUCCCAUUACAUCUUUCAAAGGCCAAGGAACGACGCUCGACCGACUAAACAACGGUCUUACCUCACGAACGUAGAGACCAAUCCGUAUGUGAGGGGAUCCUUCCGACCAAAAGUGCAAGAUCUGAAUUACCCCUCCAGCAAAAAUGCGAUGAUGUCUUCGAAGCUCAGUCUCGGAAACAACACUCGACCGAUUCUCUCAAGCGUAGGCGGGUCGCUGGUCGGCGGCGCAUGCGCAGAACCUCUCUAUUGGAGUAGCAGGGCUUCCUCUACUUCUCUUCCUACUCACCAGCGGCCACCGAUGCCUCAGACCCAGUUGAUCUACCCUGGUCCUGCGGUGUCGCCUCUCGACUCGAACAGUCAACAUUACCAUCACCAGCACCAUCAACCUCUCCUUCACUACACUUAUUCUACUAUCCAGCACCCGAAGCAGCCCCCGCAGCAGCAGUUACCCUCUUCACACUUGUAUGCCGUUACCCAGCCCCGGCCUGCCUGGGGAAGCAGCCAGUUGCAACUCCAACGCGAAGCUGACGAAGCAGCCAAUCUGAAUAAACAAUCCUCGUUGGCGCCUGUAGAUAAUAAUAACCGGGCACAGGACUCGAAACCAAGUUCGAUCUCUCUGUCGAAUUCUAAUGCCCAGGUUUUACGACAAGGCCACCAACGAGAUAUUGAUAGGGCGGCGGAUAUAUACAAUUACAAUUCUGUUCCUACUGAGGAACCGACAUACGCCGAGCCGGCAAUUGAAUACGGCUUAAAGGACGUUAUUGUUUAA